UCAACGGACACACACUAGGCUCACUCACGGACACUUGCCGCUCCUGCUGGAACAUCACAGGCGCUCGGCUGUUGUUGUUUUAUGUUGUUUAUAUUAGUUUGCUGGACCGUCGCGUGCUGCACGGAGUAACGGUCGCAGCAUCCCCGCGCGCGCAGGAGUUGAGCACGGAUCGUGAAGCGCAGCUUUUGUUCAGCAGAGGAUUUGGAGUGAAUACAGCCGAGCGAGUGCAGCGGAGGACGCAGCAGAGACGUCACCAUGUGCAUUUGACAAAUACCCGGGGUCCAUACAGGCGAGCUGAUGAGGAUGAUGAUGGUGAGUGAGCUCUUGCUGUAGAGUCUGAUGGUUUGGUAAUGAUGGACGUCCCUAAUGGCCAGCCCAGCGUCUUCACCUUCACGACCCCGGCCUCAGAGAGGAGCAGCAGUUCUGAGUCCCUCAGUGAGAAGGGCCCCUCAGAGCUCAAGAGUUUUGAUGCUGUGGUGUUCGACGUGCUGAAGGUCACGCCGGAGGAAUAUGCAGGUCAGAUCACUCUCAUGGAUGCUCCAGUGUUCAAAGCCAUCCAACCUGAGGAGCUCUCUAGUUGUGGCUGGAACAAGAAGGAGAAACACAGUUCAGCACCCAACGCGGUGGCCUUCACACGACGCUUUAACCAGGUGAGUUUCUGGGUGGUGAGGGAGAUUCUUCAUGCUCAAACUCUGAAGAUCAGGGCAGAAGUGUUGAGCCUCUAUAUCAGAACAGCAAAGAAACUGUGUGACAUGAAUAAUCUCCAUGCAGUGAUGGCAGUAGUAUCUGCUUUACAGAGCGCCCCCAUCUUCAGGCUCACCAAGACCUGGGCUCUUUUGAGUCGAAAGGACAAGGCCACGUUUGAGAGGUUGGAGUAUCUCAUGUCUAAAGAAGACAACUAUAAACGCUUGAGAGAUUACAUCAGCAGCCAGAGCAUGACAUCCUGCAUCCCAUAUCUGGAUAUCCUCAACGUUCUAGGGAUGCCUUGCGGAUGAUUUGUACUAAAUAGCC